AUGGGUGGGGAGGAGGAGUUCAUCAGCGCUGACAACGGUGUGAAUGUGAGGUUGGUUGGUGGUCACAGUCGCUGUGCUGGUAGAGUGGAGGUUCAUCAUAGAGGUCAGUGGGGAACAGUGUGUGAUGAUUUCUGGGAUUUGGCUGAUGCUGCAGUGGUGUGUAGAGAGCUGGACUGUGGAGAACCUGUAGAUGCUCUGGAUGAUGCUCAUUUUGGAACAGGAUCAGGACCAAUCUGGAUGAGUUUUGUCAUGUGUACUGGAUCAGAAUCUACACUGAAGAACUGUGGGUCAGGAGGAUGGGGUCAAAGCACCUGUGAUCAUAAUAAAGAUGCUGGAGUCAUCUGCUCAGGAGUCAGGCUGGUUGGAGGUUCUCGCUGCUCUGGGAGGUUAGAGAUACUUGAUGAUCAGGCGUGGGUUUCAGUGUGUGCUGCUGCCUUUGACCAGCAGGAUGCAGAGGUUGUGUGUAGAGAGCUGGACUGUGGGGCUCCUGUACAGGUGCUGGGAGAAGAUGCUUUUGGAAAAGGAGACGCUCAGAUGUGGACACAAGAGAUUCAGUGCAGAGGAAAUGAGUCUCAGAUUCACCUCUGUCCAACAUCACCAUCACAUGAAAACAACUGUUCACAUGAACACAACAUUGGUUUGCAGUGUACUGACAUAAUAAAUGUGAGGUUGAUUGGUGGUCACAGUCGCUGUGCUGGUAGAGUGGAGGUUCUUCAUAGAGGUCAGUGGGGAACAGUGUGUGAUGCUGGUUGGGAUUUGGCUGAUGCUGCAGUGGUGUGUAGAGAGCUGGACUGUGGAGAACCUGUAGAUGCUCUGGGGGAUGUUCAUUUUGGACUGGGAUCAAAGCUGAUUUGGAAGAAAAAUGCAAUGUGUACUGGCUCAGAGUCUACACUUAAGAAUUGUGGAUUCAUUCAAUCAACUGAUCCUGAUGCGUGUCUUGAUAAUGUAGCCCAAGUCAUUUGUUCAGGAGUCAGGCUGGUUGGAGGUUCUCGCUGCUCUGGGAGGUUAGAGAUACUUAAUAAUCAGACGUGGGUUUCAGUGUGUGCUGCUGCCUUUGACCAGCAGGAUGCAGAGGUUGUGUGUAGAGAGCUGGACUGUGGGGCUCCUGUACAGGUGCUGGGAGAAGAUGCUUUUGGAAAAGGAGAUGCUCAGAUGUGGACACAAGAGAUUCAGUGCAGAGGAAAUGAAUCUCAGAUUCACCUCUGUCCAACACCACCAUCACAUAAAAACACCUGUUCACAUGAAAAUGAUGCUGGCUUGGUGUGUGCAGACAUUAUGAGAGUGAGGUUGGUUGGUGGUCACAGUCGCUGUGCUGGUAGAGUGGAGGUUCAUCAUAGAGGUCAGUGGGGAACAGUGUGUGGUUCUGGUUGGGAUUUGGCUGAUGCUGCAGUGGUGUGUAGAGAGCUGGACUGUGGAGAACCUGUAGAUGCUCUGGGUGAUGCUCAUUUUGGACCAGGAUCAGGACCAAUGUUGAUGGGUGGUACAUUUUGUGCUGGAUCAGAGUCUACACUGAAGAACUGUGGGUCAGAAGGAUGGGGUAAACAUGCAUGUACUUACAAUUCUGAUGCUGGUGUCAUCUGUUCGGGUCAUAAAGCUUCCAGACUCGUUAAUGGAUCUCAUCUCUGCUCUGGGAGGUUAGAGAUACUUGAUGAUCAGACGUGGGUUUCAGUGUGUGCUGCUGCCUUUGACCAGCAGGAUGCAGAGGUUGUGUGUCGAGAGCUGGACUGUGGGGCUCCUGUACAGGUGCUGGGAGAAGAUGCUUUUGGAAAAGGAGACGCUCAGAUGUGGACACAAGAGAUUCAGUGCAGAGGAAAUGAGUCUUAUAUUUCAUUUUGCUCAAUAUCAUCAUCACAUAAACACAACUGCACCAGUGACAAUAAUGUGGGCCUGAUCUGUUCUGGUUACACAGAGGCCAAACUGAUGAAUGGUUCAGACUCUUGUUCUGGAAGGGUGGAGCUUCGGUUCCUCAAUAAGUGGGGCACAGUGUGUGAUGCAUGCUGGGAUAUGAGAGCUGCCAGUGUCCUCUGUAGACAGCUGAAUUGUGGGAUUGCUGUGUCUGUUGUGGGAUCAGACUGGUUUGGCGAAGGAAGUGAUGAAAUCUGGGCUGAUGUGUUUGAUUGUGACGGAAAAGAAAAAAAACUCUCAGAAUGUUCCAUCUCUUCAUGGAGUCGAGCUGAAUGUUCUCAUAGACGAGAUGUUGGAGUUGUCUGCUCUGGUAAACUUGUUUGACAUUAUACUGAAAAACUCUCUAUAUAACAUAUAAGCCAUUUUUUAUAAUGUUGUAGCACAAUUCUUGUUUUAGUAAUAAAAUGAUAAAUUAAAAAUAAAGAUCUUCCCUCCAGGCUCCUCUCUGGCUGUUCAUGACG